UGUCAGAUGACUACUAUGCUUAAUGCAUGUGGAAGCGGCGGUUGGACUCUGGUUAUGAAGAUGAAUGGUUCUAAGGACACCUUCCAAUAUGAUUCCGAUCUCUGGAGUAAUAUGGUGGAGUUUGACAGUUUUGCGGGGAUGACAGGAUUUGACGAGCAAGAAACCAAGCUACCAACUUACUGGAACACAAGUUUCAGCUCGAUAUGCCUCGGCAUGAAGAAAGGCAAUGAAACCAACUUCAUCUUGAUCGAUAAGCCGGCUGAAUCUCUGUACUAUUUGAUAGCGGAUGGGCAAUACCGUAGCACUUCACUUGGUCGCAACGCAUGGAAGUCGCUGAUUGGUGCAGAGGCCUCUUUGCAAAACAACUGCAAUGCAGAAGGGUUCAACGUACACCCGAAUUCAAACAAUUCGAAGGCGAGAAUUGGUUUGAUUGCCAAUAAUGAAGGAGACUGCGGGACCUGUGAAUCUAGAAUUCGCUUUGGUUGCGCAGGCACGGUUCCAAAUACAUGUGGAAAUAGGGCCGCUCAUGAUGCAGACAAUGGAGAAAAAAAUAUCAAAGUGAUGGGUUACAUCUUUGUUCGGUGAAAAGCAUUUUAUUUGAUAAUCAGGGUACACGCUUUCUAUAGCUGCAUAUAUCACCAACUACAUGAGAAGUGCACUUAAUGACAUAGAAGUCACACAGUGGUCAAACGUGGGGCAUGUGCAAGGGGAUCAACUUUGAGCGCACACGCACCAAUUUCCCGCGCAAAAUUUCUAAGGAAUACAUAAGAAACCGCCGUCUCGCUAAAUAACGAUGCAAAAGAAAAUCUAAGCGUUCAUGGGAAUCAUGGGAAAGGAACACUCGAUGGGUAUUCCGUUGAUUUACUAGUCUAUUUUGAACUUUACAAAAAACGUUAUACGCUU